AUGCCUCCGAAACGUAAGAAUGGUUCCGAGGCAGGAUAUGAGGAGCCCACUGCUCGCGAGAGGAAGAAACAGAAGACAGCUAUUGCGCGUACUAUAGCAGUACAGCCCGACACAUCGGCAGCGAAGAACACAAGCAACGCAGUGGCAGGCUCGUCGAAAUCUGUGAGAUUUGAUAGUAUGCAAGGAUUGCCGGGGUCAUUGGAUGUUGAGAGAUUUGCAGAAGCUCGUGCAUUCGAGAUCAACGCUAUGCACCAAGCAAUGCAAAAUGCACGGGCGAGUUCUACUCAGCGAGCCUGGCAACAACUUCCUCGUCAUCUACGUCGCAGGGCCGCCAGCCAUGACGUCCGCCGUGUGCCGCUCCGACUGCGAGACAAGGCCCGCGCAGAAAUGGACCCGAUGCGCCGUAAGGCGUUAGGACGCUCAAUGCCCAAGCAGGGAAGUGCGAAACGCGUUAAAAGGACUCUGCAAUUGCUUCGACGACAACGUGAUAAGACGUGGCUCGAAACUCACAUUUGGCACGCAAAGCGCAUGAAGAUGGAAAAUAUGUGGGGUUAUCGAUUAGCUAUUGAGCCAACGGAGAAAUCUUUCCGGCCGUCUCAUAGGGCCUCCGUCCAUGGCUCAAUUCUGCAUGACGCAUCGUACUUCGCUCUCGUUGAGCUGAGGGGCCCUGAGGACAUUAUCCGCGCAAUUCUUGAUGCUUGUUGUGAUUGUCAAGGUCCAAGCGCGGGGGCAAAAAGGUCCUUGUUUAUCUCCAAUGCCAAUGGAAGAGCCUCUGACCAGUUUGCUAGGUUCCUCGCGGGGGCACGGGCCUAUGAAACGCACAUAUACAGUUACGGGUCGUACCCAUUUGGUCUCAUCUCUCCUGUCAGCAUCAUCUGGCGCCCGGUAUGCCGUCUGAAUGAAGCUACGUCACAGCCGGAAUUUCUCGAGUCUGCUCCAACUGAUGCACCGAGCAAGCGCAAGAGGAAAGGCAAGGGUAAGGGUAAAGAGAAAGAGCGCAAUGAGCCAUUGUUGGCUCGGACUGUGUGGCUGCGUGUGCAUCCAUCCGUUAUUGUCGAGGUACAUCAAACUUUGCGGACGGCCGCUUCCUUUGCUUUGGAAUCAGCCAAAGAGGCUGGCAGGGAGGAAUUGGAAAUCGAGAUCACCGACCUGAGGGAACAUGUCAACGCGUUUGAAAUCACUGGUCCCAAAGCUAAUCAAAUUCUCAAAGGGGCCUUAAGGCCUGUGAAGGACAGUCAAAGGACGGAAUUUAACGCGGUCUGCGCUCUUAUUGGCAAUGAUUCUUCUCCGUAUUCUGAUCAGAUUACAGUUUUGGAACUCAUUGAGCCAAAUUCAAACAACGGGCUCACUUCCACGGGACAUGAUAAUAGGUUUUACAGUUCACGAUCCACGUCUAAGGUGAACUGCGUGAUUUUGCACCACAGCAUUUCUCUCUUUGUAUCUGUCUUUAAGCUCACCGACAACUACAGCUUUCCACCUAAGAAUGCUAAGAUUGAGUACGGGUCCGAUGCCCCUUUAUCAUCGCCGCCCAAUCUUUUCCCCUCUGCUGCACUCGCACAAUGCGAAAUCUGGGACGAAUCUAUUCGAGACGGUCUGCGAAAGCCUCGGUAUAAGAAGAAAGACAUUGAUCAGCGAAGAUCCAAAAACUUGGUCCCCGGGACGGAGCUGCACGCGGUCCACAAAGACGAUCGGAUUCCUGUAUUGCUCAUUCAGCGUUCGAUUGAAGGCUCAUCCUCAUCUCCAACAUUCUCCGGCGAGCGCACAGGCAAUUCUCCUUCUCUGCACGGAUGGACGUUGAUAAUUCCCUCUGGUUGGGCUAUGCCGUUUUUCUCGUCGCUCAUCUACACCGGUACCCGCGUCGGCGGCCAACGCGAGCGUCAGACGCAGGUUUUCGAGGGUGGCGGUGCAUACUUUCCUCGCGACUACCCGAGCACGGAGACGUAUGCCGAAUAUGCUGACGGGAGAGAGGUGGUGGAACACAGUAGGUGGGAACGGAAACCUCCAGCGAAGCGGACAAACUUCGAGAAACUGGGGACGAGGAGUCCAUGGAAGCCCGAUUGGGAAGUUGUGUUAGGCUUGCAGGCACCGUCGAGGCCUCCGCCCAGUGAUGAAUUGAUCAGCGCGCAAAGAGAAGAUGUUCCAAUGGAGACAGACAAUGCCUCAGUUUCAACGACAAAGAAGGACCAUAUGUGGUUGCUGCGAGGCGCAAACGUUGCGGCCAUCCUGCAGAAUGUCUCUUCGAUGUUCAAUCCUGCCGCUGGUCUGUUAGAUCAUAUGAGUCAGCUGCGAAUGAAGCGUGGGCAGAACCCCCUGGAUAGCCGCAUACGCGCGGAUGAUCUGUGGAAGAGUGCGCUCAUUCUGGUCAAUGUGCUCCUAUGCGGGAGGGGCAACCCAGAAGACUUGGCCGUGAUCUACCGUUUGGACGACGUUGAGGCUAAGAAAUGGUAUGACGCAGAGAGAAUCAGAAAAAUGGGAGCUGGAUUGCAGCAGGAAGAGGAGAAUGAGCAUGAGCUCUCCAAGUUGGCCCCAUCGCAAGACGCAAUCAUAGGCUAUGUCACAACCGGUCAUUACUCGCUGUCUCGGGGAGAAGGGCACGCCAUUGGCGCCAUUCCCGUGCGUCGGCUUUUUGAGCUUAGACAGCAAGCCGAGAGGCUCCGCGUGGGUCCUUCGUUGCUAGUCAAAGUUAGGGAUCGAGGGGACACCACGUUCCGGAGAAACCCUUCUUAA